UAAAUUGUCUUUAUUAGCCCAUUCCACAUUUCAUGAUGAACAAAGAACAGAAAAUCGAUCGCCCAUCAUAGUCACUUGUACAGGUCGCGGAGUCCCCUUACAUUAUCUCCAGCUGCAGCUGGCGCAGGAGGGGAGGGGAAUCAAUGGUGGACUACGUAAUGGAGAUGGACCACACAUAUGCAACAGAUAGGAAUUCUACGGCAAACUUAACUAUCGAAUCUUUAUACAGCAUAGAGGAGGACCCGAUUUACAUAGCUUCCAGGCAGAUAUGGAUCUAUUCAGCCCCUGUUUUACUGCUGGUGGGAACUAUCACAAACUGUCUCACGAUAUCAGUUCUACUGAGGAAAAGGUUAAGAAAACGGACCACGAUAUUCUACUUGACUGUUCUGGCGGUUCUCCACCUACUGGCGCUUUACGUAGGACUGUGUAGAGCCUGGUUAAAGUUCUCGUUUGGUUUCGAUAUUGGAAUUGAGACAGACAUUUUCUGUCGGUUUUUCACCUUCAUCAUUAAUUUCUUGCUCAACAUGUCGGUGUGGGUGCUCGUCGCUGUCACAAUAGAUCGAUGUGUUAUCGUAUGUCUACCCAAUGUCGCAAAGAGAGUAUGUCGACUGAAGUACUCAAAACGCAUUGUUGCAGUCAUUUUUGCGUCUCUUCUACUUGCAGACCUCCAUAUCUUGUGGGGAGUUUCGAUACAAAAAGCCCAUGGCAGUACAGAGGAAGAAUGCACUCAUGGGAAUUAUUUUAAUCAAUUCAUAUUUCCGUGGAUUUCACUAAGCAUAGGCUUCAUUGUGCCAUUUCUUAUAAUGAUUGUGGCGAAUUUUUUGAUAGUUCGUUGUGUGUAUUUAUCUCAGAAACGCCUGACUUAUCAUUACAGCAACACUUCGACAGGAAGUCACAAGUCCACCAGUGCUAAUCAUGGAAGUAAAGUGUCGAGUGUCACCACGAUGCUUUUAGCCAGGAAUGCCAGUUUUCUGAUACUGACGUUACCAAUCAUGAUCUUUUUAAUCGUUGAGCCUUAUCAUGUUUCAAACCAAGACACGGUGGCCGCCAGCAUGUAUCUGACCUGGGCUAUCGUAAACAUAUGUGAUUACACGGACCAUGCUGUUAGUUUCUUUCUCUAUUGCCUGGCGGGGACCACAUUUCGCAAAGAACUGUAUAUAAUGCUGGGCAAAACAAAUUCUAGACAUAACCUGGAUAGCGCUUGAUUUCUAAUGACAUGGCAACGCAGUAGAGAUUUACUGUCAACCACCUUAUGCUGACUUUAAAGUUUCUCACAAGAAGUGUGGAUGUAAAACUUGUGCUAAAUCAUUGCUAUUCAAAUACUAGUUAACACACGAAGCUGAGCCUCCAGUGGCUUCUGGACGGAUCGAAGUUUUAUUCCACCCCAAAUUCUGCACAACAAAACAAUAAUCACUCGAUGUGAAAUUGAUCACUCACCGCGGACAAAGACCUUUGACCAGAAAUAUAGAAAUGUAAUACCCAUUACAUUUUAAGCAUCUGCAUGAUGUCCCAUAACUAUUAGGUUGUUUAAAUAUCAAGAACAUAAUACGAGUUUAAAUAACGUUAAUGGAUUGUUUAUCGAUAAAAACAAUACAUUAACAUCUUACCCAUUUGUUGAUCCGAUGCUUGCUGACUUUUGAGUAUGCUUUAUCUAAUACAACAUGACUCCCAGGCGUGUACUUUAGCUGACUGGGGCUCGGUUGUCAGAUAUUGAAGUUUUGUAUAAUUUGUUCCUGAAUAAUAAAUUGGAAGUUUUGCA